CAAUCGAGGUAGCCGUGCGAACCGAAACGGGAGAUCCAGUACAGAGGCCACCAUUCCGCAACGCGGACGUUUCUUGUGUGUUGUGUUGACAUAGGGAGACUGAGUCGGGCGUGUGCGUGCGUGGUUGAGAAGGAUUUGAUUCGUGGAAAGCUUAUCGCUAUCAGCCGCCCCGAAAAAAUCGAUAAUGCCGAACCUUAGGCCACUGUCUGCCGCGCUGGCAAAGAAGGCUGCGGACGAGCUGUUCGAGAAGCCGGAACGGAUCGAUGAGGAUCUGGCCGCGCUGCGGGCCUGGCUGGCCAAAAGCCCGCACAUCAAAUCGCGCAACGAUGACCAAUUCCUGACGAUGUUCCUGCGCGGCUGCAAGCACAGUCUCGAGCGGGCGAAGGAAAAGCUGGACAUGUACUACACGGUCCGGACGGCGCUGCCCGAGCUGAUGCGGAACCGCGAUCCGGAGGAGGGCAAGAUGAUGGAGCUGAUCAAGCUGGGUGUGGCGGUACCGCUGCCGAACACGGUAACGCCGGACGGGCCAAGAAUUAUUCUGGUGCGCCCGGGCACGUACGAUCCGAGCAAGUACACCAUCCAGGACGUGUUCCGGUACAACACCAUGAUGACGGAUAUUAUGAUGAAGGAGGACGAUAAUCUGAUCGUCGCUGGGCAGAUGGGCAUUCUGGAUCUUUCCAACUGCACGAUGGCUCACUUCCUGCAGUUCAGCCCCACGUUCGUGAAGAAGGCAACCAUGUGGAGUCAGGAAGGGUCGCCGCUGCGUCAGAAGGGUUUCCACUACGUUAACACGCCGAGCGGUUUCGAGGUGGUGUACAAUCUGUUCAAGAGCUUCCUCAACGAGAAGAAUCGGUCCCGGCUGUUUGUCCACGGAAGCAAUCUGGAAUCGCUGUACGAGCAUAUACCGAAGAGCAUGCUGCCGAGCGAGUACGGUGGUGAUGCGGGCCCGAUACAGGACAUCGUGGACAGCUGGGCGAAGAAGAUAAUCUCGUACAAGGAGUACUUCAAGGAGGAGGACCAGUACGGCACGGAGGAGAAGAAGCGUCCGGGGCGUCCGAAGAACGCGGACAGUCUGUUCGGGCUGGAGGGUUCGUUCCGUAAGCUGGAGGUUGAUGUAAUGGUCGACGCGUACCAGCCGCAACCUGUCAGUAGCGAGCCACCUUCGUGCGAGACCGUGCCAGACAGCCGUGUGUGUGUGUGUGUGACGCUCACGAUGGUGAACCUGCGCCCAAUAUCGGCGGCACUUCACGAGAAGGCCAAGCGCGAGCUGAACGAGAAGCCCGAUCGUAUCGAUGAGGAUCUGGCCGCCCUUCGACAGUGGUUGGCCCGGACGCCACACAUCCGGGCCCGGAUCGACGACCAGUUUCUGGUGACGUUUCUGCGCGGCUGCAAGUACAGCCUCGAGCGGGCCAAGGAGAAGAUCGACAUGUUCUACAGUGUGCGGACGGCCAUCCCGGAGCUGAUGCGCAACCGCGACCCGGACAAGGCGCGGACGAGGGAAAUCGUGCGGCUGGGGGUUGGCCUGCCGCUUCCGCUGACCGAUGGGCCGGACGCACCGCGCAUCAUGCUCAUCCGGCCGGGUGUGUACGAUCCGAAGCAGUACACGAUCGAGGAGGUGAUUAAAGUGAGCACCAUGAUCAACGACAUACUGAUGCUGGAGGACGACAAUAUGGUGAUUGCCGGUCAGGUUGGCAUACUCGACCUAGCGAACGUAACGAGCGCCCACUUCCUUCAGUUUACGCCAACGUUUGUGAAGAAAAUGACCAUGAUGAGCCAGGAAGGUUCGCCGCUGCGCCAGAAAGGAUUCCAUUACAUCAACACACCGACCGGAUUCGAGACCGUGUUCAACAUGUUCAAAUCGUUCAUGAGCGAAAAGAACCGAUCGCGGCUGUACGUACACGGAAGCAAUCUGGAGAAGCUGUACCAACACAUCCCGAAGCGCCUGCUGCCGAAAGAGUAUGGCGGUGAGGGCGAUUCGCUGAAGGACAUUACCGCCACCUGGGAGAAAAAGAUCAUGUCCUACCGGGAAUACUUCCUGGAGGAGGACCAGUACGGGACGGACGAGCGGAAACGGGUCGGCAAGGCUAAAACGGCCGACUCCCUGUUCGGGAUGGAAGGUUCCUUCCGCAAGCUGGAGGUGGAUUGAGAUGACAUACAGCAGUAGUUAGGUUUUUUUUGUAAUGAGAAGGGCAAGAGCUCUAGCAUUUUCUAGAAGGACGCUCAAUUGUAACGCCUGUCGAAACCGUUUCGCAUUGCUGCUUCGGAAUCGCUUCAAUCGCUGUGACUACUAAUCCGGUUUACGCCAAUACAGACUGCGCUCUCGCUCGUCUGCGAGAGUCCAAGCUUUA